UUCAGUUUGGUAACGUGGCAUCCCCGAACAGGUAUACCUGUGCGGUCCGUCUCGUUAUUUAUAAUUUUAUCGUUCUGUUCCACGGAGGAAGGGAAUGAAUAAAAAAAAAAUCGAAAAAUAAAAGAGAAAAAAUUAAGUCGUGUGCGCCCCUACCCCGGCAGGUUUUGUUUUCGCGAGUUUGUGUGCGCGUGUGUUUGUGUAUGCUCGAUCGUGCGCGCCUGCGUGUGUGUGUGUGUAUGUUGUGAUAUAUUUAUAUAUAUAUAUAUAUAUAUAUAUAUAUUAUAUUAUUUAUUGUUAUUGUUCGCGUGUGUUCGAGGUUUGCCGUACAUAGUCGUGCCAGUGCGAAAUUUUUGAAAAAUACCCGUCGUGUUGGUGCCUUUAUCUCGUCGCCGCGUUCGAGAUUUCGAGAAUCUCGCGCGUUCGCGGUUUCGGUUUCGGUUUUUAUAUAAUAUUUUUGUAUACCGAUUGGCGGCCGCGAGCUUGCACUCCUCCGGUGCAGUUGUGUUUUUGGCCUUUGGUUAUUUGUUUAUUUCUACAUUAUUUUUUGUUUUUGUUAUUGUUUGUUUAUCGAUYGCACGCCGGGCGGCCCGAGUGAUCCGAGCACAUUAAAUAUUAAUAAUAAUAAUAAGUAUCACGCGAGCCGCGCUGGUGUCAAUAACCGACAAGUGGGACAUCGCGCGUCAGCAAAGAAGUUUCUCCUUUUUACGGAGAGAGACAUUCUACGCUGCAGCGUGUACCGGUCUGCAAAACGGUCAGUGUAUACGAAUUUUAUGUUUGCAAUCUUCUGAACUGGCAAAAUGGUACCGUGGUGGUUAGGCCUUAGCCUUAUCGUCAACCAACCCAUCUCGGAAGUCAGCUGCGGUGUCUUUAUCACUUGGACGACCACGGCCCUCGUCGACUAUUUCAUAUAAAUCAUGAAGAGACGACACUCAGAGGCCUAAUGGAAUGAAGGAAUCCACAGGCUUUUUCGGCGACCCGUUACCGACGUCGGGAGAAACAGGCACAGAACUGACGGUCCGGGAGCUGGAAGAGAUGGCGUGCCGACAACAGCAUCAGAUCGAGUCGCAGCGGCAGUUGUUGGCUGCCAAAGAGCAGCGACUUCGCUAUUUGAAACAGCACGACGCCAAGCACCACCAGGUGGCGGCGGAGCACGAGCGGCUCCGCCGCCUCCGGGAUAGGGUCGAGGCUCAGGAACAAAAGCUCCGUAAGCUCCGGGCGCUCAGAGGUCAAGUGGACCAGACUAAACUCAACAAUGCCACACUCACUUCUGACCUGGAAUCGAUCCGUGCCUUGUUUAAUGAAAAAGAAAAAGAACUAACAAUGGCUGUGGCUAAAGUGGAUGAACUAACUAGGCAACUAGAAGAUGUCCAUAAAGGACGAGGUCAUGCACAGCCUACAUCUCCAGCCUCUAUAGAACUUGAUAAACUACGAGCUGAGUUAUUAUACCGAAAUAAAUUAGGUGAACAGCAAACUGCUAGGUUAGUACAACAACGUGAGGUUCUGUCUAAAAGACAAGAGGAAAUGGCAUCCAUUGACCGUCGAAUAUCAGAAUUACAAGCUAGGUUACACAGGAAGAGGCUGCUCAACCAACAGUUGGCUAAUCAAAUCCAGGCUAACAAACCAGGCCAAAAUAACAGAUCUCUGGGUGGGCCGGGUAAACAAAUGAUGCCGUUGUGCGAUGGGAAAAUGAACGGUGGUGGUGGAAAUGUCGCGGCCAUCGAGCCGUACAAUCACAUACCAGAUGCAAUGAGCAAAAAUUCAAUAUUACGCAAGUCCGAAGAUAACAUCCUUAGCCACGCGACGGUUGACGGCGGUGACCAACAGUCAUAUGGUGUACGGUCCGGUAGGCCUGAGCUAAAGUCUCUAUCUCAGCAGCCUUUGAUCCAGAAACCUAUGGUGGAUCCAUACCAGCAACAGUAUCAGUCAUCAAAUAACAACUACAAAAUUGAACAACAGAGUAACGGUAAUCCAGGUGACCUAGCGUAUUUUGGCGGUAGCAAGUUUGACCCUAAAUACCAGACACUACCCUAUAAUACAAAAUUCUCACCAUUAACCAACUACAGUGGAAAUCAAUCAGCCCUCCUUCACCAACAACACCAGCAACAACACCAUCUUCAUUAUCAUAAUCAUCAGCAGCAGCAGCAGCAGCAACAACAACAACAACAACAACAACAACAACAACAACAACAACAACAACAACAACAACAACAGUAUCAGCAUCAUCAGCAACAACAGCAGCAGCAACAACAGAACCAGCAUCAACAGUGGUUCAAUCAGCAUGAAGACAUGUCCGAGGAUAUUAAUAGAGACCUAGUCAAUAACAAUACCAGUUUUUAUGGAGCCGAUCAAAAACUUAACGGAACGGCCCAAACUAAAAAGUCAGUUUUGUCCGGCCAAGUUCUGACAAAUGUGGGACAAAAUUUACAAAUGCAAAGUUCCAGCAGACCUAUCAACGCUCAAGUAUAUCAUACGAAACCACUUUCAUCAUCUAAUCAUACUUCUCAAAGGCCUUUAAACUAUUCGAUACACCAUCCUCCAGUUCUAGUGACUAGAAGUCAACCAGUCGGUGGAACUGGGAUAAUAAAUCAUCAGAAACCGACAAGCAGCGUGUCGCCUAUAUAUCAGACAUCUUCGACCAAAGUACAGCCGGUACAGCCUCAAGUGUUAAAUUCUGUUGCAACUAAUCAAGUAGUACCUAAAGAAUCAAAACAACCAAUUAAGUUAGCGACGGUGGUUGCGGCGGAAUCUGAUCAACAGGUCGGCGUGGACCGUGCCGGUAGCCCUUCGACCAUUGGAAAACCGGCGUUACCCCCCAAACCACCUCCGCCAAUGGUCAAAACGUGUACCCCUCCGCCCCCGCCGAGGCAAAAUGCUUAUCACCACCAUAUACCUCAGUAUCACCAGCCGGACCCAUCUUUAGAAGACGGGGGCUUAGGAGGAGCUGGCGGUGGUCGUGCGUAUUACACCGACUGCAGACCAACACCACUUCAGAAAGACCUAACGCCUCCUCCUCCGCGGAUACCCAACGGGGGCAUUGCUGGUGCAGCACCGGUCAAGUCUGGCUUUGGUAACUUGGUGGACUCGUCCGAGUCUGACAAUUCAUCGAGUUCGGCGUCUAUGCGAUCCAUGUUCGGUAGCAGUGCCAAAAAUGGCGAACAUUUGUUGGACAGCGUGAGAUCUGUAAGCAUAUCAACGACCAAAGGGACGCCUCCCCCUCCACCACCACCACCUCCUCCACCACAGUCACAACAGUUAUCUGCUAAUACAGCCACCGUGUCUCCAACCGAAACUGUGGUGGUUAAAGAUCAGCAACAGCAGCAGCCACCUCCCCACGAAGCAAAACUCCCCUCUAGACUGCCAUCACUGUUACUCAACCGAACCACUUCUUAUCCAGUGACGGAUAUCGUUGGGAGCGAUAGUAAAGUUAAUAAUAACAACCACCAAAAUCUCCUUCAUCAUCAUCAUAAUAACAUUAACAAUAACCACCAACAAAUGCAACACCGGUUGUCUGUCGCACCGCCGCAGCAGCAUCAGCAACAGCAAUCAUCACAGACUCCAUCUGUCACUACUCCCACCGUUUCUACCGUUUCUACCACGUCGACCGUCAGUCAACUAGAUCCACAGGCUACGCCGGUCGAUGAAACGGACAGAGCGCGGGCAGUUAGCGUUGCUCAGCGCAUUGACGAACUGGAAACACGUUUUGGGGGUGGAGGCAACAGUAUAGGGGUUGUUGGAUGUGGCGGGUCUUCGUCUACUGACGAUAACAGCACCAGCAACCACAGCUCUUCAUCGCCCGACUCUGGCCAAGACUCAGGCAGAGACGACAUAUCCGUGGAGUGCAGAAACAGGUUGGUGGUGCGGAAAAAGGGCAACCUCAAGGAGUCGGGCGGCAGCAUCGGUCACAAGCGCCGUGUGUCGUUCGAUCCGCUCGCAUUGCUGCUAGACGCCUCGUUGGAGGGUGAACUCGAGUUGGUUAUGCGAACCGCUGAACAAGUGGGAGACCCGAGCGCGGCUAAUGACGAAGGAAUAACUGCGCUACACAAUGCCAUAUGCGCCGGCCAUAUAGACAUUGUUAAGUUCUUAGUUAAGUUUGGCUGUGAUGUAAAUGCUCAAGACUCCGAUGGAUGGACGCCGUUACACUGUGCUGCCAGCUGUAACAACCUCGCCAUGGUCCGAUUCCUGGUGGAGCACGGGGCGUGCAUAUUUGCCACCACGUUAUCAGACCAGGAGACGGCCGCCGAGAAGUGCGAGGAGGACGAAGAGGGUUUUGAUGGAUGUUCAGAGUUUCUUUACAGCGUUCAAGAGAAGUUAGGCAUAAUGAACAAUGGUGCGGUGUAUGCGGUAUUCGGUUACGAAGCGCACAACCAGGACGAGUUGACUUUCGAUGAUGGUGACAAGAUCAUCGUACUAAGGAAGGGUGACGACACCGAACGAGAAUGGUGGUGGUCGAGGAUUGACGAUCGUGAAGGAUACGUACCACGAAAUUUGCUCGGGCUUUACCCAAGAGUGAUCGGUGACAAAAAAUCGGUGACCGAAUGACAAUCCGCUUCGGUGGUGACAGCAAUAUCAUCGGGGCCCGUCAAGAAGCUGAUUGAUUCUUGGGUCCCGCCAACAUCAUAUCAUACGACGAUAUCAUUCUUAUUAUGUUAGACUUUCUCAUAUCUAUAACGUUAUUAUAUAUUAUCAUCAUUAUUAUUUUUAUUAUUAUUAUUAUUAUUAUUAUUAUUGC